AUGGCAGCGUCCUUCAUUCCUGACUUCCGCCUCAUGUGGUACUUGGAUGAACUCAAGAAGAACGAGUUCGUGCAGUUUAAGCAGCUGCUCAAGCAGGAGACUGUGCAACGCGGCCUCCAGCCCAUUCCCUGGGCGCAGGUGAAGAAGGCCAGGCGCCAGGACCUGGCCAGCUUGAUGACCCAGCGCUAUGGGGAGCAGCCGGCGUGGGCCCUGGCCCUCUGUAUCUUCCCCAAGAUCCACAGGAAGGACCUCUGUGACAAGGCCUCGAGGGAGAGCGCAGGAUGGACAAAUGCCUAUCGAGCUCACAUACAGAAGAAGCUCAUCAGCAUGUGGUCCAGGGGCGCCUUCACUGAGAUCCCUGGCUGCUUUGACCAGUCAUUGACCUGUGAAGAGCAUGAAAGUCUGGAAGAGUAUUUCACUCCAAGGGUACCCAGGAGGCCUCGCACGGUCGUCCUCCGCGCAUUACAAAGAAUGGGGAAAACGAGGUUCCUGAUGAAGGUGAUGCUGGCCUGGUCAGACGGUACUCUCUAUCGGGACAAAUUCUCUUUCAUUUUCUACUUAUGCUGCCGAGAAUUGAAGCAGCUGAGGGUGACCAGCCUGGCCAGGCUCAUGUCCAGAGAAAGGCCCGAUGACUCUGUCCCCUUGGCGGACAUGGUGGCCCAACCAGAGAGGAUCCUGUUCAUCAUCGACAGCUUAGAGGAGCUGCAGUGCACCCUGACAGAGCCCGAGUCGGAGCUGUGCCGUGACUGGAGGGAGGAGCGUUCAGUGAAGACGGUCCUGAGCAGCCUGCUGAGGAGGAGGAUUCUCCCAGAGUCGGCUCUGCUCCUCGCUGCCAUGCCCAUGCGCCCAGAAGCUCUGGAGAGCAAGCUGGACCACCCAAACAUGCAAGAGCUCAAAUGCUUCCAGGACAGCCACGUGAAGCAGUACUUCUGCUGCUCGUUUGAAGACAGGGGCCGAGCCCUGGCAGCCUUCAGCUCGGUGCGAAACAAUGAGCAUCUCUUCACCAUGUGCCACAUCCCCCUCCUCUGCUGGAUGGUGUGCACCUCUCUGAAACAGGAGAUGGAGCGCGGGAGGGACCUGGCAGCCACCUGCUGCAGGUCCACCUCUGUGUUCCUCUCUUUCAUGUUUCAAGCGUUCACACCCAAGGGUGCUACUCGUCCCAGCCAGCAGGGCCAAGGCCUGCUGAAGGCGCUGUGUUCCCUGGCCGCGGAGGGCAUGUGGACCGACACGUGGGUGUUUGGCGAAGAGGAGCUCAGGAGGAACGGGAUAGCGGACACUGACACCCCCACCUUGCUGGACCUCAGGCUCCUCCGGAAGUACAGCGAGUCGGGGAGCUCCUACUCCUUCAUCCACAUGUGCAUGCAGGAGUUCUGUGCCGCCAUGUACUACGUGCUGGACAGCCCCCGCGACCACCCCAGCCGGGCCGUGAUGCCCAUAGAGGCACUGCUGCUCACGUACUUCAGGAAAGACAGAGCAAGCUGGGUGUUCCUGGGCUGCUUCCUGUUUGGCCUCCUCCAUGAAAGUGAGCAGCAGAGGCUGGAUGCCCUUCUUGGGAUGCAGAGGUCCCGGGAGUUGGCGCCCCAGCUCCUGGGAUGUCUGAGGAUCCUGGCGGAGAUCGAGGAUCCUGAGGACCAGGUGGAGUUCCUGCUGCUCUUCUAUGCCCUGUUCGAGGUGCAGAGUGACGCCUUUGCCAGCCGCCUGAUGAGCAGCCUCCGCGAGGCCCACUUCCCCCUUCGGGAGAGGCCAGACUUGGCGGUUGCUGCCUACUGCCUAAAAUACUGCUCCAGCUUGAGGGAGCUCACUGUCUCAGUCCCAGAAAUCUUUCCGGAAGAGAGGGGACCAGACCCCAUGUCGAGCCGUACUCUCCUCUGGUGGCGCCAGAUCUGCUCUGUGCUCACCGCCAAUGAGCACCUCCAGAAACUCCGGGUGGUGGACAGCGUCCUCGGCAAGUGGACGCUGCUGAUCCUGUGUUGUCAGCUGCGACAGUCCACGUGCCCCGUGCAGAGACUCGAGACGAGAAAAGUUUGCUUUUCCUGUGAGACCGGGAUUUUCUUUGAGGUGUUCACCAGUAACCCCAACCUGCAACACCUGAGCAUGACCUCCACCCGGCUCCCCCAAGAUGAGGUCUUGCUCCUCUGCAGGGCCUUGAGCAACCCAGUGUGCAACCUUCAGGAGCUGCUGCUUAAGGACUCGGGCCUCUCCGCUACGGAUUGCACAGCCUUGGCCUCGAUGCUGGCGACAAACAGGAAGCUGACGCUGCUGGACCUCAGUGAUAACAAGCUGGCAGAGGGUGUGUCCACACUGUGCGCGGCCUUGCGCCACCCAGACUGCACCCUGCAGACACUGGUGAUGGCCGGCUGCCAGAUCUGUGAGCACUUCUGCCCACACCUCUCUGAGGUUCUCCUGAGCAACGCAAACCUGAGCCAUCUGGACCUCAGCAGAAACGCCCUGAUGGACGAGGGAGUGGCACAGCUGUGUGAGGCCCUGCGACAGCCCACCUGCAGCCUGCAGACACUGUGUUUGCAGAGGUGCGGGAUCACGAUGAGGAUCUGUCAGGACCUGGCUCUCGUCCUUGAGACCAACCCAAACCUGAGAAGCCUGGAUGUCGGGGGCAACAACAUAGGAGAUAUCGGCAUGGCGUUCCUGAGCGGAGGUGUGCUGCACCCCCACUGCGGCUUAAAGGAACUCAGCCUGGAUUCCUGCCAAUUGACCAGAGAAGGCGGUAAGAUCCUGGCUUCCAUCAUCGCCUUCAGUAAGAGUCUGAAUGAACUGGACCUCAGGGGCAACCCCCUGGACAACAGCACCAUUCGACUGUUGUGCUUGGCCACGUCACUGCCCGGGCGAGUCCUGCGGAAGCUCAGAGUGAGCAGGGCUUCAACAGAGGAAGGUUUCUGGUUCGACUUGAGACAGGAUAACCCACUUCCCUGCGAGAUCUCCAUGGAUUAGUGACGGAGCACCCAUGGGGAACCAGGCUGCAAGCCCAUCCCCGUCACCCUGAUUCCCGCCACCCUGAUUCCCGCCCCCUCCUGGGGACAAGUGCAGGGGACAGCGGGGCCUGGCACAGAGGUGUCCCCUCCCCGAGGCACUGAGCUCCUUCCCUUGUGUCCUGCAGGGUACGAUCUUUAAUUUGUUCUGUGGCCUUGGAGAAGAGCUGAAAGGGUAGAAGAUUUAGUGAGAGGGUCUGUCUCCAAGGACAUUUUCAAAACCCAAUAAACUAUCCUAUCUUUAAAGCA